AUGGGUCAGCAACAAUCCAAACGUAGUGAUGGCGCUGUUAUAACUCAGGAAAAACCCGGUGGUGAGGGUCUCCAAUCCUACCCUUCUAUCUCACGUACAGACACACGGGACUCUAGCCGGUCCAUUCGUGGCUCUAUACGCUCCAAAAUACCCGGCGGCAAAAUCGACAGGAACGACAGCCCCAGAGGCUCAUUUUCCGCCUUAGCGCGUGUUGAGAACGGUGUCCUGGACAAAUCGGAUGGAGCUUCCGUCAAAUCUGCUGCCAGUGCAAAAUCCUUCAAUUCUCGAAUAAACCGUACCUCAACGUCCUCCUCUACGAACACGCCCUCUGCCGUCUCCCCGACGUCCGAUGAUCAGCGCUCCCCUGUCGAUGCCCCUGAUCCCCCUCCCUCUCCUUCUCAGUCCUCCUCUCUAGGUCGUGGCCACAAAAGUCUUAAUGAUGCCCGGAAAUUAAGCGAGGUCGAUCAUGUUUCUGACAUUCCCCCUUCCCGACCAGCUCCGUCGUCCAUUCGCGCGAAGCCAGGCGAGUCAAUCCUUGUUAGGAGAGAAGGUGCUAUAAAUCCAGUUCUCCACGAUGCUACUGUGGACCAGUCAGGGACAAAUGGUUCUCCUGGGAUGGGAAUCGGAGCCUUAAAAUCAAUCGAUCUAGAUGACAUGAUCACAAGGUUGUUGGAUGCGGGAUAUUCAGCUAAAGUCACCAAAGCUGUCUGUCUGAAAAACGCUGAAAUCAUUGCCAUAUGCACAGCAGCUCGUGAAUUGCUCCUUUCCCAGCCCGCAUUGCUCGAGCUCUCGGCACCUGUGAAGAUCGUAGGAGAUGUCCACGGUCAAUAUACAGACCUUAUUCGGUUAUUCGAAAUGUGUGGCUUUCCUCCAGCUGCCAAUUACCUCUUUCUUGGCGACUAUGUCGACCGUGGCAAGCAAAGCUUGGAAACUAUCCUACUUCUCAUGUGCUACAAACUGAAAUAUCCCGAGAACUUCUUUUUGCUGCGCGGCAACCACGAGUGUGCCAAUGUGACUCGAGUCUACGGAUUUUACGACGAGUGUAAGCGCAGGUGUAAUAUUAAAAUUUGGAAGACUUUCGUAGAUACAUUCAAUUGUCUUCCGAUUGCCGCUAUUGUUGCCGGCAAGAUCUUCUGCGUGCAUGGUGGCUUGUCACCAAGCCUGGCUCAUAUGGAUGACAUCCGCGGCAUUGCUCGCCCUACAGAUGUUCCGGACUACGGAUUACUCAACGACCUUCUUUGGAGUGAUCCUGCCGAUAUGGACGAGGAUUGGGAACCCAAUGAAAGAGGCGUGAGUUAUUGCUUCGGCAAAAAAGUUAUAAUGGAUUUUUUACAGCGUCAUGACUUUGACCUUGUGUGUCGUGCACACAUGGUAGUCGAAGAUGGUUAUGAGUUCUUCAGUGAGCGGAUUCUGGUUACCGUAUUUUCCGCCCCAAAUUAUUGCGGUGAAUUCGACAACUGGGGCGCAAUCAUGUCUGUUUCGGCCGAAUUACUAUGCAGUUUCGAACUAUUGAAACCACUAGAUUCUAGCGCCCUCAAAAGCCACAUAAAGAAAGGCAGAAACAAGCGGAAUAGCAUGUUGAACAGUCCUGAUCACAAAGUCAACCCCAUACCUUUGUCGCCUAUGAUGUUCCAUUCUGUCCGUACACGGUUCCGGCGCCUCAAUUCCUCCUUUUCUUCCACGGCUUUUAACCCAAAAGUCCAUGCCUACAGGUCUAUAACACCCUCGAAACGCCCGGCCGUAGAAGUAGACUCCAACGACGCCUACGAACAACGUCUAGUCCCGCGCGAUUCUGAUAUGAGGCGCGUAACUUCUGUUGGCAGUGUUAAUGCCAGCCAUGAUGAUGAAGAUGAUGACGACUACGACGUUCUUCCAAAUUCGCGCUCUAAUUUUGCUGGCAGCGCAGCGGAGGCGUCUAUGAAUCUGUGGAUUGUGGGCGCGGAGUCGAUCCCUCGCGAUCCCUAA